CACCGGCUAAUCCCACUCACUUGUUUUAAGGCAGGGAAACUAAGGGCCAGAGAGGGGAAUUGCCUUGCUUAACGGUCCUAAGAGGACAUGCACCCCAAACCUCAGCUUAUUCUCUAGGGCGGGCGGAAAAGGGGGAAGGGCCAGAGAUGAGAGGAGCUAGCUACUUAGGGUGGCUGGGUCAGGAAAUGAACCCUCAAAGCUAGAUAAGGAAGGGUCUCCAUGCUGGAGUGAACUGGGGGUCCGGGAGCCUAGAACGGGUCAGAGCUCAGUGUCUCCCCAAUUCUUUGACUCCCCCCACUUCUCCCUUUGAGAUUCGGGUGUAGGCCCCCAAAUUGAGUUGGGUUUUGGUUAGCUUUAAGGAGAUUCUAGGGGGUCACUGUUGUCUUGGGGUGCGGGUGGGGGGCUUGCUCCCCGGGGAUGCACUAGGCUUCAUAGGAGUGGUCACGCCCAUACUCGGCCCCCCCUCCUUUCCCUGCCCUGGGUCCUCCCCCACCCCCAUGAAGCAGCGCCCAAGAAGCUCUCUAGGUGGGGCUCCCCCUCCUACCCUGUGUCCCACCCUGGGGGCACUGGAGGUCAGGGGGAUGCUAAGCCGGCGACUGGGGACAAAGCAGAGCUACAGUCCCUACUCGGUUGGUCUCAGGGGGGCUGAGUCUCUCAGCAGAGACCCCCGCGUGCAGCUGAAGGAGCUGCCCAGGAAGGAUGCCUCAGAGCUGGCAUCUCAUGCUGCUGGACUGGAGACAUCUCCUAGCGGGACCAAGUCGGGCUCGGGUGCUGUGGGCACUCUCAAGCGCCCAACCAGCCUGAACCGCCAUGCCAGCGCUGCCGGCUUCCCCCUCUCGGCCCCAGGCACCUGGACACUGGGCCGGGGUCAUAAGAGCCCCAUGACCAACAGCCCCAUGGAAGGCAGUGAUGGGCCUUUUGUGGAGGUGGAGGACAUCUCCCAGCUGUUGGCCCACGUGGCCCGAUUUGCAGAGGCCCUGGAGAAGCUCAAAGACACAAUCCUGAGAGAUGAGCAACUGGAUGCUCGGCGACCACUGGCCCAUGAGUGCCUAGGUGAAGUCCUGAGGGUCCUCCGACAGGUCAUCAGCAAGUAUCCCCUGCUCAACACUCUAGAGACCCUCACAGCUGCUGGGACCCUCAUCUCUAAGGUCAAAGGGUUCCAUUAUGAGUCAAACAAUGAGUCUGUUAAGCGUGAGUUGGAGAAGGCCUUGGAGACAGUUGCUGUGUCCUUCAGCAGCACUGUGUCUGAGUUCCUCAUGGGUGAGAUGGACAUCAGUACCCUCCUUUCUAUGCCUCCCGGUGACCAGAACCAGUCCAUGGAAAACCUUUAUGGGGGCCUCUCAGGGCAGUGUACGGAUAGCAUGUCUCCGGGCACAGAACCUUUUGGCUGCCUGUUGGCGGACGAUGUGGACGUGGUGCUGCAGCACUGUGAGGGGGGAGUGGAUGUGGCCUUGCAGUACGCCAAGAACAUCGCCAAGUAUAUGAAAGAUCUCAUCAAUUACCUGGAGAAGCGGACGACACUCGAGAUGGAGUUUGCCAAAGGUCUGCAGAAGAUCGUCAACAGCUGCAAACAGACGAUAACCCAGGAGCCCCACAUGCCUUUCCUGUCCAUCUAUUCCCUGGCCCUAGAACAGGACAUGGAGUUUAGCCAUGGGAUGCUGCAGGUGGUGGCUACCCUGCAGAACCAGACUUCAAUGCAGCCCCUGACUCUGCGGCGUCUAGAGCACGAGAAGAAAAGGAAGGAGAUCAAGGACCAGUGGCACCGGGCGCAGAGGAAGCUGCAAGAAGCAGAGACCAACCUUCGAAAGGCAAAGCAGAGCUACAUGCAGCGCUGUGAAGACUACGAGAAGGCCCAGUACCUGACCGUAAAGGCCGAGGAGGAGCAGGCUUGGGGCGGUGGGGCCAGUGCAGGGGCUGGGACCAGUAGUGCUGCCACCAAGGCCCUGGACAAAAAGAGGCGGCUGGAGGAAGAGGCCAAGAACAAGGCAGAAGAGGCCAUGGCCACGUACCGCACCUGCAUUGCUGAUGCCAAGACGCAGAAGCAGGAGCUGGAGGACGUGAAGGUGAACGCUUUGCGCCAGAUCCAGGAGGUCAUAAAGCAGAGUGACCAGAUUAUCAAGUCGGUGAGUCCCCGCGAGCGCUGGCCGGGCCCUCCGGGGUGGGGGCCGCGGUGGGAUGGGGACCAAGGAAGGAGGGGUGGGCCGCGCUGGGCUGGGGCCGGGGCCGAGGGUGCAGAGUCAGAGCGGCGCAGCCGAGAAGGAAGAGGACGCCGGGCACGGGGGCGGAAGGGUCCUUGUGCAGAAGCUGUCAGACGGAGGCAUGUGGAGCUCAGCCAGUAG